UUCCAUGGCGGCGAUAGUAGUAGUAGCUGAGGCUCCAGUGCUAUGGCGGCGACUGCUGGGUUAUUUGCCCCGGGGGAGGCCUGUUUUGGCCGCCAUGCUCGGCAGACUCUCGGACCGCUUGACCCGAGGCCGCGAAGGCCGCGUACGCAGGUCAUCAUGGCUGCUGUUGGCUCCACUGCUCUCACCAGCUGCCCCUCAGCAAACAGUCUCGCCUUGUUGCCUCUGUCCUGAGGGAAUGCAUAGGUUUCAUUGGAUCAGAAAUUUAGUCCCUCAGUUUGGAAUUGCCAGCUCCCAUGUCGAGGUGCUUUCAUCACCAACUGAAUUCUACGAACUUAUGAAGGGACAAAUAAAGGUAGCCAAGCGGCGAGUAAUUUUGGCAUCACUCUACCUUGGAACAGGACCACUUGAAAAAGAACUAGUGGACUGCAUUGAAACAUCAUUGGAGAGAUCAUUGCAGGGAUCUGGGCCUUCCAGUCUUAAAGUGUCCAUUCUGUUAGACUUUACAAGGGGAUCCCGGGGCCAGAAAAACUCUAGAACCAUGCUCCUUCCAUUGCUGAAGAGAUUUCCAGAGCAGGUCCGUGUCUCUCUCUUUCACACUCCUAAUCUGCGUGGUCUUCUCAGACUUCUGAUCCCUGAGCGUUUCAAUGAGACCAUCGGGUUACAGCAUAUCAAGGUCUAUCUCUUUGAUGAUAAUGUGAUCUUGAGUGGGGCCAACUUGAGUGACUCCUACUUUACCAAUCGUCAAGAUCGCUAUGUAUUCCUCCAAGAUUCACCUGAGAUUGCAGAUUUCUUUACUGAUUUAGUAGAUGCUGUUGGGGAUGUGUCCUUGCAGCUGCAGCAAGAUGAUACAGUUAAGGUGAUGGAAGGCAUGAUGCAUCCUUACCAAGGAGACAAGAUGGCCUAUUGUGAAGCAGCAAACAGGAGAGUGAUGGAAGUGAUCAAUUCUGCAAAGACCAAACAAGAGCAGCUUCACACUCAGACUUUCCAUAGCAACCAUACAGAAGAAGAUAUCCCAUUAUCCAAAGAUCCAAAGCAGUCUGGUGGGCAGUCAGAACCUGAUACAUGGAUUUAUCCACUAAUACAGAUGAAACCAUUUGGAAUCCAGAUAGAUGAGAUGGUCACAGAGACCCUCUUGAUGGAAGCAGAGCAGGGUGCCAAUAUCUUUCUCACCACAGGCUACUUCAACCUCACACAAGCCUAUAUGGACCUCAUUCUAGGCACCAGGGCAAAGUAUCAGAUCCUCUUAGCCUCACCAGAGGUGAAUGGGUUCUUCGGGGCCAAAGGAGUGGCAGGUGCCAUCCCUGCUGCCUAUGUUUACAUUGAGAAGAAGUUCUUCAGCGAGGUGUGCUGUCUGGGUCAGCAAGAGAGAAUCCGAUUACAGGAAUAUUCUCGAAAUGGGUGGACUUUCCAUGCUAAAGGCCUCUGGUUGUAUCUCGCAGGAAGCAGCCUACCCUGCUUAACUAUGAUUGGCUCUCCUAACUUUGGGUACAGGUCAGUCCACCGAGACCUGGAAGCACAGGUUGCAAUAGUGACAAAAAACAAAGCCCUGCAGCAGCAGUUCCAUCAGGAGCAGGAGCAGCUGUAUUUGCGUUCUAGUACAGUGUCUGCCUCAACCUUUGAGCAGCCCAGUCGUUAUAUCAAGCUAUGGGUGAAGAUGGUAACACCACUGAUCAAAAACUUCUUCUAAAGAGGAGAGAGAGGCUGGCCCUUGGGUGAGUUUGGAAUGGCCCUGAUGAAGAUAACCGGCAUGGGAGGGGUCAGCUCCUUCAGGCGUGCGUCACUGAUAACACCAGUCUGAACAUCCCAGCGGGCACCUGCAGCAAGACAGGACCAAACUCUCAAGACUGGAUGCUUCGCAGGGGAGGCCGCUUGGUUUGCAACAAGUGCUAAGGACAGGGAACCCAGCAGUACCACCAGCCUUCUGUUUUCAGUAGCAUGGCUAAAGGCUAAAUGUGCAUGCUUGGAUGGGGCUUUGGAGCUAUCCCAGUAAUUUACUUAAGCAUUGGCAAGGUUAUGAAAAUUAUUAAAAAACCAGGGUUCAUAUUUUGUGCUGUGCCUGUAGGUGUGUUAUAGGAAGCAGUGCGUUCUUCCUUUCAUGAGCUCCUUGGAGUCAACAUAAAGCCCACAUCUAUACUCAGUUGAGCAGUAAAGCCCCCUUUAACCUAAUAGCUGUUAGAGAAAAGAUUACUUUUCCAGCCUAGAAGCAAAAUACGUAACAAGGGCAAUUGAGUGGGUACUUCGGUUCUUCUUCUUUUAAAAUGUCCAUUCAAUGUGAUUGAUAAUAUAAUGGGCAUGUGCUGCCCCCUGCUGACAUUCUGAAGACAUGUGAAAUUAAAAAGGCAGCUAUCUAAA